AUGCGAGUUGAAGACGACUUCUCCCAGCGGGUCAUUGCCCAGACUGGUUCAUUUUCCGGGUACCGCCCAUUGCUUGAGCUCGGGAGCGGCUAUCUGACCGCAACCAAAACGUUCAAGCAGCCGCUAUGCGGUAACGAGGAGGGCUGGGGUCCUCUCAGCCCCUUCCGUUACGACUUCACGCCGUGCUUCAUCGAUGUCUGGGUCGCCAUUGUGGCUGCAUUCGGAGUUGUGGCUGGCGCGGGAGCUUUGUGGUGGAUUAUCGCGAAGAAGCCCGCCUCUGCUUCCAUCGUCAAGGACUGGCACUUCUGGAUCAAGCAGACUCUGGCCGGACUUGUUAUCGCCGACUUCGUUGUGCAGCUCGUCAUACAAAUAAUCAACUAUCCCGACAUAUGGUUCGGCGACUUCCGAGUCUGGACGACCGCCCUGACGAUCGUGUCCCUCGCGGUGGUGUUUGCGAUCCAAUGGGUUGAGCAUGCGCGCCUUCGAAACGCAAAUGGAGUGGUGCUUCUCUACUGGCUGUUUAUGCUGAUGGCCCUCGCCGUCAAGCUCCGGUCCGUCGUAUCGCAACAGCUGUACUCGUCCAACGUGCCAUACUUCGCCACAUAUACCGCCGGCGUCGGCUUGGCGUUGGCUGCCUUCCUCGUCGAGUGGCUCUGGCCCAAGAGGCAGAGCGCUUACGAGGCUAUUGUGGACGAGGAGGAAUGCCCAGCCGAGUAUGCGACUGUCUUCUCGCUCCUCACCUUCUCAUGGAUGACUCCCCUAAUGAGGCACGGCUACAAACAAUUCCUUACGGAGGACGACCUGUGGGGCCUUGUUUCCACCGACCGUACCAAGGACACCGGUGAAGCGUUCGAGAAGGCUUGGCAGCACGAGCUCCAGCACCGGAAGAAUCCCUCCCUGUGGCUGGCCCUGUUCCGAGCUUACGGUGGUCCGUAUGUUGUCGCUGCUUUCUUCAAGAUCGGCAAUGAUCUCGCUGCAUUUACCCAGCCCCAGCUGCUACGGUAUCUCAUUGCCUUUGUGAGGUCGUACCAACCGGGCAACGAGCCCGAACCUCCCAUCAAGGGCGCUGCGAUUGCCUUGGCCAUGUUCGUAGUCGCCUGCAUUCAGACCGGCAUGAUUCACCAAUACUUCCAACUUGCGUUUGUCUCUGGAAUGCGCAUCAAGGGCGGUUUGACUUCGGCUAUUUACCGGAAAUCGCUCCGCCUUUCAAACGAGGGCCGGGCUUCCAAGACCACGGGUGAUAUCGUCAACUACAUGGCCGUCGAUGCCCAGCGUCUUCAAGACCUGACACAAUUCGCUCAGCAGGUCUGGUCUGCACCUUUCCAGAUUCUUCUGUGCAUGGUUUCUCUGUACAAGUUGGUGGGCUGGUCCAUGCUUGCUGGUAUCGGCGUCAUGAUUGUCAUGAUUCCUAUCAACGGCUUCAUUGCCCGAAUCAUGAAGAACCUCCAGAAGCAGCAGAUGAAGAACAAGGACGCCAGGAGCCGGCUGAUUGCGGAGAUUAUCAACAACAUGAAGAGCAUCAAGCUCUACGCCUGGGGUGCCGCGUUCAUGAACAAGCUCAACUUCAUCAGAAACGACAUGGAGCUGAAGAACCUGAGGAAGAUUGGUGCCGGCCAAGCCAUUGCCAAUUUCACAUGGAGCACCACGCCAUUCCUCGUGUCGUGCUUGACUUUCACCGUGUUCGUCUUGACCCGGGACACUCCCAUGACUACCGAGAUCGUCUUCCCUGCGCUGACUCUGUUCAACCUUCUCACCUUCCCUCUUGCCGUGCUUCCUAUGGUCAUCACCUCGAUCAUCGAGGCCAGUGUGGCCGUCGGCCGUCUCACGUCUUACCUCCUUGCAGAGGAGGUUCAAGACGAUGCCGUCGUUCUCAAGCCCGCAGUCGAGGAGCUCGGUGAGGAGACUAUUUCCAUUCGCGACGCUACUUUCUCCUGGGAUCGUCACGAGACCAAGGAAGUGCUUAAAGACAUCAACUUCUCCGCCAGCAAGGGUGAGCUCUCUUGCAUUGUCGGGAGGGUAGGUGCUGGAAAAUCUUCCUUCCUGCAGAGUCUGCUCGGUGAUCUCUGGAAGGUGAAGGGCCGUGUGGAACUGCACGGUUCAGUGGCCUACGUCGCUCAGCAAUCAUGGAUCAUGAACGCCACGGUCAGAGAGAACAUCAUCUUUGGAUAUCGAUAUGAUUCAAACUUCUAUGAAAAGACCGUCAAGGCUUGUGCUCUCCUGGACGACUUCGCGCAGCUCCCUGAUGGAGACGAGACCGUCGUGGGCGAGCGUGGUAUUUCUCUCAGUGGAGGACAGAAGGCAAGAGUUGCCCUGGCUCGUGCUGUUUACGCUCGUGCCGAUAUCUACCUCCUCGACGACUGUCUCUCCGCCGUCGAUUCCCAUGUCGGACGUCACAUCAUCCAGAAUGUCCUGGGACCCGAUGGUCUUCUCAGCUCGAAGACCAGGAUAUUGGCAACGAAUUCUAUUCCGGUCCUCGUAGAGUCGGACUUCAUCUGCUUGCUCAAAGACGGCGAGAUACUCGAGAAGGGCACCUUCCGUCAGCUCAUGGCUAUGAAGGGCGCCGUCUCGGACCUCAUCAAGACUGCCGGUCACGAAUCCGGGCCUUCAUCGUCAGGCGCCAGCCCGUCUGGAUCUGGAUCAGAUAGCGAGACUUCUACAAUCAUCGACGCUGCCAGCAGCCAGGAGAAAGACGAGAUUGAGGAGGCGCAAGACCGCUUGUCAACCCUGGAACCUAUCAAGUCCGGUCCCGCCACCACUCAAAAGAGGAGACAGGGCAGCACAGUGACUCUUCGACGAGCCAGUGCCGCCAGUUUCAAGGGUCCCCGAGGCAAGCUCACUGAUGAGGAGGCGUCGAACUCCAAGACCCGACAGGCAAAGGAGUUUUCUGAGCAAGGCAAGGUCAAGUGGUCAGUCUAUGGGGAGUAUGCGAAGACGAGUAACCUCGGCGCUGUUGCAGUCUACCUGCUCGCCCUGGUUGCGGCCCAGACUGCUCAGAUUGCUGGUAGUUACUGGCUCAAGAACUGGGCAGAGGCGAACAGAAAACUCGGUGCUAAUCCAGAUGUCGGCAAAUGGAUCGGCAUCUACUUUGCCUUUGGUAUCGGCUCCUCCGCUCUGACUGUUGUCCAAACCUUGAUCCUGUGGAUCUUCUGCUCGAUUGAGGCAUCCAGGAAGCUCCACGAGCGUAUGGCGACUGCGAUCUUUAGGUCACCCAUGUCUUUCUUUGAUACCACCCCGGCCGGGCGGAUAUUGAACAGGUUCUCAAGUGACAUUUACCGGGUAGAUGAGGUGCUGGCUCGGACGUUCAACAUGCUAUUUGUGAAUCUUGCCAAGUCGGGCUUCACGCUAGUUGUUAUCUCUGUCACGACACCUGCGUUUGUAGCGGUGAUUUUUCCGCUCGCCGCCAUGUACAUCUAUAUCCAGCGUUACUACUUGCGGACAUCUCGCGAGCUCAAGAGGUUGGACAGCGUCAGCAGGAGCCCGAUAUAUGCCCACUUCCAAGAAUCAUUGGGCGGCACUUCGACCAUUCGGGCAUACCGCCAGCAGGAGCGGUUCGAGCUGGAGAACGAGUGGCGUGUUGACGCCAACCUGCGGGCUUACUUCCCGUCCAUCAGUGCCAAUCGAUGGCUGGCGAUCCGGCUCGAGUUCAUUGGCGCCGUCGUCAUCCUUUCCGCCGCCGGCUUUGCUGUCAUAUCCGUAACAAACCACAGCGGCCUGACCGAGGGUGCCGUUGGUCUCGCCAUGUCGUACGCGCUGCAGAUCACGUCUUCGCUGAACUGGAUCGUCCGCCAGACCGUCGAGGUGGAGACCAAUAUCGUUUCUGUCGAGAGAGUGCUCGAGUAUGCCAACCUGCCUAGCGAAGCACCGGAGAUCAUCCACCGAAACAGGCCGGCUGUGGCCUGGCCUUCCAAGGGCGCCGUCGAGUUCAACAACUACAGCGCCAGGUACCGCGAGGGCCUGGAUCUGGUGCUGAAGAACAUCAACCUGGACAUCAAGACGCACGAGAAGGUGGGGGUCGUGGGCAGGACGGGAGCAGGCAAAUCAUCCCUGACGUUGGCCCUGUUCCGAAUCAUCGAGCCGGACACAGGUCACAUCAGCAUCGACAAUCUCAACACGUCUACAAUCGGCUUAUUAGACCUGCGCCGUCGAUUGGCAAUUAUCCCGCAGGAUGCGGCUCUGUUCGAGGGUACCAUUCGCGACAAUCUAGACCCCGGUCACGUCCACGACGACACGGAGCUGUGGAGUGUGCUUGAACACGCCCGGUUGAAGGACCACGUCGCGAGCAUGACUGGUGGGCUUGAGGCUAAAAUCAACGAAGGAGGCUCCAACCUGUCACAGGGCCAGCGACAGCUCGUGUCUCUGGCGCGGGCCAUGCUGACGCCAUCCAACAUUCUGGUCCUGGACGAGGCGACGGCCGCCGUCGACGUCGAGACCGACGCCCUGCUGCAGCAGACGCUGCGGUCACCGCUGUUUGCCAACCGCACCAUCAUCACCGUGGCCCACCGGAUCAACACGAUCCUCGACAGCGACCGCGUCGUGGUGCUCGAGCGCGGCGAGGUCGCCGAGUUUGGCCCGCCGCAGGAGCUAAUCAAGAAGCGAGGCGUCUUCUACGGGCUCGUCAAGCAGGCCGGCCUGACCGAGUAA